CUCAGCAGCCAAACCAUACAUGCCAGCAACAGAGCAGCUUCUUGUGUAACAAAACGAGCACCAAAACUACAAGAUAAACAGCUCUCAAAACCCAGCAAGUUCUUGCAAGGUGGAAUUGUAGUAUCACCUUGUCACAUCUUUUGCUACUGCCACUUCACAUCUUCCUCCCAGGAGACGAAGAUGUCGGUGGCCGUGUGCCGUGGCCCUGCCGUGCCGGCGUUUGUCGAGGCGCCCAGCUGGAUGCGCCCGGCUGAGCUGUUCAAACCGGAGCCGCUUGCCGAUGACCGGCCUGCCCAGGUGGACAUAUGGAAUGCCAUCCAGGCCGACGUGGACAACAAAGCGUCCGACCACGGCGCCAAGAAAGCUUCCAGCAAGCCGUACGUGCGCCGGUCGUCGUCGUCGUCGCGGCUGAUGAGCCAGAGGAGCCUGGAGAUCUGCACCGAGAGCCUCGGCUGCGAGACCGGCUCCGGCGACUUCACCGACAUGUCCUGCCUCUUCGCCCCGCAGCCGCUGCCGCCGACAGCAGCUGCCGAGGCAGAGGAGUCUUUCUGGCAGCACCCCGGUGCGGCGCAAGACAACUACUACUCGGGUGAGGAACAGUGGGGAAGGAAAGACGAGGUGGUUUCAUCAGUGAACUACCACAGGCCGACCGGGACGCGGUCGCGAUCACCGCGCCGGUCGUUCCCGCCGCCGCUGCCGUCCAUGUCGAGCCGCGACGGCCCGUGCCUGAAGAUGUGCCCGCGCCGUCAGGACGGGCGCCUCGUGGUCGAGGCCGUGGUCGUGAGGCCGCGCGGGUACCUCGAGGCGAGCCACCAGGGCGGCCGCCUCCGGCUCUCCUUCAUCGAGUGUGCCUCUGCUCGCGCCGGGCAGAGCGGCAAGAUCAGCACCGCGAUCGAAGCGCCGUAUUUCCCCGUCGUGGAGGACAAGAAAGAGGAGGAAGAGGUGGCCGUGGAAGUGGAGGAAGAGGAGGAAGACGAGGAGGAAGUGGAAGUGGUGGACAGGGGCACCAUGGUGGAGGUGAAGGUGAGCUCUUCGCAGCCCCAGGCGCCCGCCGCCGCCAAGGUGCACCGCUCCACGCUCGUCAUCAACAAGUUCGUCGGCAGCACGCCCUUCGACCAACAACCCCGGUUUUGCCACGCUGCCGACAACGCGCCUCUCUCCUCCGAGACACAGGCACAGGCACCCCCGUCGACGCUGCGCAGGGUGCCGUCUUCGACCACGACGCUCGCGGCCGCGGUGGCCGUGGCAUCGACCGAGACCGGCGCGCCGCCCGCUCCCGGCGACGAGGACGAAGACGAAGACGACGGCGAGGACGACGAACGCGCCACGUCGGCCAUGGCAGCCGCCGACAGCACUACCAAGCAGCAGCUCCUGCUCUUCACGUCGCGGCGGGGCGACAAGCACGACCUGCUGCAGAGCGUGCGCCGGUGCCGGCAGCUGCGGCAGAAGCCCCUCUUCAUCCUCGAGCCCUACUGCAUUGCCACUUCCUGAAAAAUCGCCCGACGCACGUGCAGAUCGAUGGACCCGUCACCUCAUCUCAAGAAAAUCAAAAAGAAGGCAUUCGUGUUGCACUGCUGCUAAUGCGAUAGUUCGGUUCCCAGGCUUAAAUUAAUCGAGCACGCGGUGCUUUAGCCUUCGCCUACCAUUUCCUAGUUUAGCUGAUCGAUUAAUAACCCUUAAUCCUCCGUGGUCGCACGGUGGUCGCUGCAUGCCGGGCUUUUUCGCGACACAUGCUCCGCCGUGUGUCGCUAUUUUCUUCCCCUCCUGGCUACGCAUCGUCCGGUCGGGGUCGCCCUUUGGUCCCGAUGCGGCGGCUGCUUCGGGUGUGGCUUCUACUCGGCUUGUCAUUGAUUUCCAGUGUGAUUUCAGUAAUUGGUCAAUGAAUUAACAGAUUCGCUAUA